AGCUUGGAAGAACUUGCUGUUACGUUCAUUUCUGAGACGAUAGAAAGCAUCAGGCCGACGGUACCCAAAACCGCGGCGCCCCUGAGCACACGACAGCAGUUGGUUCAGAAGCAGCUAAAGCUUGAGCAGUACAUUUCGCAAAGCAAGGAGCUUAUCGCGAGGCUCAGCCUGGCGCAGAGCAAGGAAGAGAAAGACAAAAUCGUCGGCGCGAUGCGUGAGUGGAGCAGGUACGUGAAGUUUGAACAUCAGGGACGAUAUGGUUAG